UCAGAGGGGCGGAGACAAGCUCGCCUUUGCAUCCACAGCGAGGAAAGCGCCUGCCUCACUGUAAGCUGCUGCAGUAGAGAAUAGCAGAAGUUCACAAUAGGUAACAAAACGGGGUUUUCUCUCGGUACCUCAGGAAUAAUGAGUGGAUGUUUUUCGGUGGCGUUGGCGAGCCACACUGCCCGGUAGGCAUUUUCUUUAUCGAUGCUGCUGAACUAACCAGAAUCGUCCAUGGUGAAGUGACACUGGGAAUCGAACAAGUGACCCGCCUAACAGAGUUUUGAGUGUGGCUUUUUUUUUCCAGAGGGAAGCAACGUUUAAAAAAAAACCAAGAGGAAGCACUGCAUGUUUUUUUUUUUUUUUUUUGUCUUUUGUUUUUAACGGACAGUAGCCGUGGUUUUCUGCGCGUUAUGUUAAAGAGCUCCCACCACGGCUGUUUCCCCGUGGGGUGGCUCUGGAAAGUGGACUGUCUGGUUGGUUUUCUCCAUCCACUUUCCGCCUGCAUGGAACAAAGUGUGCUUUAUGAAACAUAAGCUGGACCCAGGCGGGUUGUCAGCGUUGCCCUUUAUGUGGUAACGUUUUUUUUUUUUUGUUUGUUUUGGGUUUUUUUUUCAUCCCAAGAGUUCAGCAGCGUAAAUCAUCACCAUGAGGAGUACCGAUGAGCCUGAGGGCUUUGACGGCGAGGCCUCCAACACUUCCAUGAUCUCCGGGGCCAGCAGUCCCUACCAGCCCACCACCGAGCCCGUCCACGCGAGGAACGUUCUGGGAGGGAUAAGGUGCGACGUGGAGUACCUCAAGUCCUACUUCGGGAUUUUAAAGGUGGUUGAAGUGGUCCUUUCACUGAUUGGAUUCAUUUGCAUAGAGACCAUCAUGAUGUGUUCUCCCUGUGGAGGGGUCUACUUCUUCGAGUUUGUCAGCUGCAGUGCCUUCGUUGUGACGGGGGUCCUUCUACUGAUCUUUAGCCUCAAUCUUCACACCAAGGUGCCCCACGUCAACUGGAGCCUUACGGACCUGGUUAACACCGCUGCCAGUACCUUCUUCUUCUUCUUGUCUUCUCUUGUGCUCUCCUGCAUCAACCACAACACUGGAGCUGAAAUAGCAGCAGUGAUCUUUGGCUUCCUGGUGACAGGUGUGUACGGGAUAAACACUUUCCUGGCGGUACGCAGGUGGCGCCUUGGCAACGGCUGUCAGGGGGCAGCGCAGACUAGCGAGUACAUACGUGCGCGUACCGCCUCCCGUGGAGAGAUGGAGGCGAGACCCGAGCUAGCAUGAGUGCAGGCAGACAAUCACACAGACUAAGGGACUAAAAUGGCAGCUGACUGACAUGGACCCUACUCUAUCCUUAGAGCAGUUUUUUUUUUUUUAUUCAAGUCAACAAUUGGAGGGCCAUCGCUAACCACAUGCUUUUAUGUUUCAUCACGACACCUCAUCUUCCUUUCACAGCUACAAAUGAGCUGUGUGUGUGUGUGUGUGGUUUUGUUUAUAAGGCAUCCUGGCUCCAGUGACAUGAAAAGACUGUAAAGCGAAGAGCUGGAGUCAGAAAUGAAGGUAUUCUCUCCAAGAGCCUCCAUCCACAUAUAUUUCUAAAUCUUCGUGAAGGAUGACUUCCAUGAAAAGAUUCUAAGGCGGACUUCACUCCCGCUAUGCACCGACUCCUGUUCUGGUGUAGGUGUGGACUUUUAUAAAACACUUUUAGAGUUUCACUGUGAAGGAAGGCAACAACAAAAAAAAAAAGAAAAAGAUCAGCUAUUGCACAGCUUUUGCUUUUUUCACGCUGCUUUCUGUGAAUCUGUGGUGAUCGAUGUGAUCGUAGAUCUAGGAGGCUGCGAAACCAGCAACACACAGUACCCUGCAAUACAACAGAGGCACUGUGACUUUACUGCAUUAGUCAAAAGCUGACAUUAGCCUUGUCUUUCUGUGAGCGAGGCUUACAUUCGGUGUUCAAUUUGAUGAUUACAAAUGAUGACAUCACAGUUUCUUUCUCCUUUGCAGCUCUACGGUCACCUCUGUGACACCUCCCUGACAGAAAAUACAAUACGGGGUUAUAUGAACUGUAAUAAAGACAAGCAGUACAAGCAAAGGGGAAAUCCUAUAUUGUGCAUUAAUGAACCAAAAAAAAAAGAAUCACUCAAUCAUUCCUACAAUCAUAACUGAGGUCAACACUGUGAGCUACCAAUAAGUCCAAUCAGACGACAAGAAGGAGAUUGGCAGCUUUUUGCCUUUUCACAUGUCCAAGGCUUUAGGUAACGCAAAUAAUGCAGUUACAUCAAUGAAAUUCAUUUUUAAACUAACAUCAGAAAUCGACCUGGUCAAAAAUAAAUGUCCUCAGCCUAUUCACUAGUAUCUCAGGUAUGGACACACUCCUUUUAGUCUUUGAUUCUUUAAAAAAACAAAAAUUGAAAUGAAAUCACACGGUGCCUCGACAUGAACGCUGUAAUCUCUAAUGCCUUCAUAUAUUUAUGAGACGUUCAAGGAUGAUCACAGAGAAUUGAAUCAGGUGUGUAAUUUAAGUGAAAAGUAAUUUAAAACCUGGUCACAUUAUGGUUGAGACAGAUGGAAAUGGGCUUUACAUUUAGCUUCAUAACCAGCUUUCACUCUGUAUUUGAAUUCAAUAAAAAUGUCUGUAUCUGUAUCUUCAGUAUAUUGCUACAUAUUACACAUUCAAUGCAUUAUUCAAACUGAAACCAUUCCACGUUGCAGAUGUUUAAGGUCAUGUAUACAGAGUGCAAAGCAAAACUUGUUAUUCCUUUACUCGUUUGCAGUUUGGCUACUUUAACUAGGAUUCAAGUUGGAAAAUACUGUACAUCAUGUGUUCUUUUCAGGAAGAUAUCUCAUUUUACCUUUUGAAGGCUAACAUUGAGUCUACACUUAAUCUGUGUUUAAAUUGAUAUUUGAGACCUCUUAAUAGUAUUUUAGGCUUCAGUGAGUUUGUGCAAGGUCUAUAUCAACUCUGUGGCUCCACCUCCUGGUCUUCAUCUGAAAUGACUGUACAGUCAAAUAACUACAGUAGUGUGUACGCGUUUGUUAAGGAAGGAACAGAAUUGUUUCUGACUGCACGUGGGAAUGAAAAUAAAAACUGUACGGCUUCUUCAAUGGCCAUAGAAGUUUGAACAGAAAUGGUUGGCUUGAUUAACCAUUUUUAAAGGAGUUAAGUAACUUAUCAUGUACGACUGCUUUUUCUCCUGCUUUAGUGACUGAAGUAGUUUAUUGCCUAGACAAUCAUAUUUGUUAUUCUGUAUGUUACUUACAAUGAUGGACUUGUUUAUGAGUGAUGUCAAAAAGUCCACUAUAACAUUUGUACAGCAAACUUUACAACACAAUUGUGAAAGUGCAUCUUAAUGCACUAUGUCAUGAUAUAAACUGAUCAUAUUUGUCAUGAA